AUGACUAAAUGUGGGCAAUAUUUGGCAUUGGAUCUCGGGGGAACGAAUUUUCGCGUUUGUCUUGUUACGCUCUCGGGCAAAAGGGAACCCCCGAUUGUAGAGCAAAGAACACAUGCUAUUCCUGUAGAAAAGAUGCGAGGUACAGGUGCGGAGCUCUUCGACUAUUUAGCGGCCAACAUCUACGAAUUUCUCCAGUUACGUAAUCUACUAGACAGAGAAUUUAAACUUGGAUUUACGUAUUCAUUCCCAUGUGAACAAGCUGGAUUGAAUACGUCUUUUCAUGUUAGGUGGACCAAAGGAUUCUCAGCUAGUGGUGUUGUUGGUCGAAACGUUGCAGAUCUUCUACAGAAAUCAAUCGACAAAACCGGAGCCAAAGUUAAAUGCGUGGCGGUUGUUAACGACACUGUUGGCACGCUAGCUGCCUGUUCACUGGAGGACAAGAGGUGUGCUGUUGGUCUUAUUGUGGGAACUGGUUCAAAUGCUGCCUACCUGGAAGACAUAGACAAAGUCGAAUUAAUUACAGCACGGAAGAUAAGCGGCGAUCUUAAUGAAGAAGAAGUUGCUCAUGCCACAAGCGUAGUCAUUAACAUGGAGUGGGGAGCCUUCGGAGAUUACGGUGAAUUAGACUAUUAUCGUACCGAAUAUGACGAAACCCUAGACAAGGAGAGCAUCAUACCCGGUAAACAAAAGUUUGAGAAAAUGUGUUCAGGGAUGUAUCUCGGUGAAAUAGUUCGUCUUGUAUUGGUGGAUCUGAUCGAUAAAGGCCUUCUUUUCCAGGGCCAGAUUCCUGAACGUCUACGAAAUAAAGAUAGCUUCCACACAAAGUAUAUUACCGAGACUGAACGGGAUCCUCCUCACCUUUUGUACAGCACUUCAUACGUGCUAACCGAAGAUCUCUUAGUCCCUACUGUUACGCCCCAAGACAGUCGGAUUGUGCGGUAUGUGUGCGAAGUGGUUGCCAGUCGUGCUGCUCACCUCACUGGUGCAGGUAUUGCAGCUGUGCUUGAACACAUCAAGCGUCCCGAAGUCUCUAUUGGCAUCGAUGGCUCGCUCUACAAACUUCAUCCGCGUUUCCGUGAACGGAUGACAGAUAUUCUUGACAAACUUCUUCCACCUUCUAUUCGUUUCCGUCUUCGGCUCUCAGAGGAUGGCAGCGGAAAGGGAGCGGCGGCAAUAGCAGCUGUAUUUUCAGGAUAA